AUGGAAGCUUAUAAGUGUUUUAUCCCAACCUGCCGCUCUAAAGUUAUAUAUAUUUGCAAUUAUUUAUCAUCAGGUAGUUUUUUCUGUGCUACUCAUUUCGAUUCUCAUCUCAAGGAUUGUAAUAAAGAACACGAAAGUCUGCAUGAAAUCAAUGCAGUCCUUGAAGUCCUUCUGAAUGAAAAAAAUGAGCUUGAAAAGAAAAAACUAAAAAUUCAAGGAAUCACUAUAGACCCAGAUAAAUGGGAUUACAACGGUCCUAAGGAAAUUGACAAAGGAAUAGAAAAAAUUAAGGAAAUGUUUCAAUCAGCUUUAGAAGCUAAAAGUGUGAGAAAUUUAGAUUUACUUAUAUGAGAUAUAAUGGAGAAAACUCAGAAAAUAAGAGAAAAAUGCACAAAUUACUGCUGGGCUUAUUUCAGAAUUAAUUUCUUGCUCGAUAAAAUAAAUAAAAUAAUCUCUGAAAUUCCAAUUCAAGUAAAAAAUGAAUUUCAAUUUAUUCAAGAUAAUAAGCUUUGUGAGCUUAAAUACGACUCUACAUUUGAAGAAAUUAAGCAAAAAAUCCAAAAAUACCUUCUACCCUUUCAACUAGGGAUUGGCACUAUUAACGAAAUAAAUAGAUUCUGUCUAAUAAGCAGCUGAUUUAAAUCAAAAUAUGAGGGGUAUGUUGAGGAAUCCACUAAUAUUUAUAAUAAAACAAUUGGCUGCUUAGAGUCAUUACGGAUUGAAAGUAUAUGGGUUGAUUGAUUGCAAAAUUGUAUGUCUCAGCUAGAAAAAGCAUUAAGGAAAUUUUUAUUGCCAAUUCGUAAGGGAUAUAAAAUUUUAAUGAAUUAUUCCUUUUUCAAUCUAGAUUAUAUUCAGAAUUGUUUAUUAUCGAUUUUAAUAGACAGUCAGAUUUCGAAUUCCCUAACUAAUUUAUUUUUAUUACGAAAUCGUUUUUAUCUCUCAGAGAAAAAAAUUAAAAGCUACGAUGAAGAAAUUUUCGCAAAUUCACAAUUUAUGCCGAUAUUGAAAAACCCUACUAAUAAAUUAAUUCCACCAUGCUCAUUUGUGUAUUAUGACAGUACGGUUUAUUCCCUUCAAAAUCCUAAAAAUGAACCAAGAUCAUGGGUUUUAUGCAAACAUAAUUUAUUAAAAAAUACUAUGAAUAAAUAUAAAAUACAAUCAGAAAUGUGUUAUAGUAAUAUGAUUUUAUUCAAUAAAAGCAUUAUAUACUCCACAAAUUACUGAAGAAUAAUAAUGAAGUUUGAUUUAUUAAUAGACAGUUUCUCCUUGAUCCUAUAUUCAGAUUUAUAUUUUUCAGGAUCAAGAUACCUAGUUUCUUAUGGCUCCAGAGUAUAUAUAUUCGAAUUAUUUGGAUCAAUUUUUGAAUGUGAGGAAAAUAAUGAAUAUAAUUGAUUUAAAAUUGGAAAAACACCGAAAGAGUGGAUGCAUUUAAAAUAUAGUGUGUAUAAUGAUGGAGCACUUUAUUUAAAAUUCAUAACUACAUAUAGUUAUAAUAAGCCUUAUGAUAAGUCUGAGUGCAGUGAUGUUAAAAAUUAUUGAUAUAAGUUUGACCUUAACAAGAAAAGCAUAAUUAAAUUCUAA